GUUCAUCUGGAGCAGCUUGAAACUCGCGGCCGGGAGUGUGUCUGUCCUGAAUCCAGCGCACGGAGACUCGUCUGAUCGCUGCGUAAAGGUGCUGCGCGACACAAAGAACCCGCAGGUGUGUCGGAUGAAAAGAAACAGGAACCCACUUGGCCCUCCGGUGAAGCUCGGAUAAUACGUUUUUGUGAUGGAGUGGCGUGAGCAGUCCUCUGUCAGCUGCGACGAAGCCUACUUGGAGGCGCAGAGAUGGAUUGAGGCAGUAACCAAGAAAAAAUUCGGGGGCAACGACUUCCGAUCAGCGCUGGAGAAUGGCGUUCUGUUGUGUGAUCUGAUCAACAAGAUCAAGCCUGGUCUGAUCAAGAGGGUGAACAGGCUGCCCACACCCAUCGCUGGACUGGACAACCUUAACGUCUUCCUCAAGGCCUGCGUGAAGCUGGGACUAAAGGAAGCGCAGCUCUUUCACCCCGGGGAUCUUCAAGAUUUGUCCACAAGAGUCACAGUCAAGCAUCAAGAGACCAACAGGAGACUGAAAAAUGUAUUGAUCACCAUUUACUGGCUGGGUAGAAGAGCUCAGUGUGACCGUUUCUAUGAUGGACCUUACCUGAAUUUCAAGGCGUUUGAGGGAUUACUGGGCACAGCGCUGUACAAGGCUCUGCAGGAAUCGUCCGGUCAGAAAGGCAGCAACGUCAGAGACAGCGGUUUUGGGGAUAGCUGGUACUCGGAGCGAGAGGAGCUUUACCAUCUGAGAGGAGGAGGAGGAGGAGGAGGCGGUGGUGGACACAGGAGAGACGACUCCCUGGACAGCUUGGACUCUUUGGGCUCGCGACCACACAGCAUCUCAUCGGACGCCACCCUUAAAGGCAGCAGCGAGGGUUGUUGCAGUGACACUGAGGCAGACUCUGUCUUCAAGAUGGCUGAGAACAGGGACAGUCUCAGUUACCGCCGGUCGGUAGUCAUCACACCGAAAUCCAGCGCUCCGUUUAACCAGUUCCUGCCCACUAAAGACAAACCUUCAGGCUAUGUUCCUGCUCCACUGAGGAAGAAACGGGCCGAACGCAAUGAGGACAACCGGCGCAGCUGGGCCAACCCCAGUUAUGAAGAGGACGAAGGCACACUCACCAGACAGCAGCACAUGCAAGAGAGUAUCGACGGGAGUAAAUCAACAAACGAUAUCAAGGUCGACCCCGCCGUCGCCCGGCAGGUUCGCUAUGAAGAGCUGCAGAAGUAUCGUGAGCAGGUUAAGGAGAGCGAUGAUAAGUGGCAGGAUGACCUAAGCAAAUGGAAGAAUCGGCGCCGCAGUGUCAACUCUGAUAUAGUGAAGAAGAAAGAGGAAAGGGAGAAGAUCGAGCAGAUUACGUACGGCGUCAACAGAAGGUCUAAGACCUUCAAGGAGAUGCAAGAGGAGAGAGAGGGUAAAGGAAGGAGCAGCAUCGGCAGCCGUAUUGGAUCUUUCUCUUACUUGGACGACGACAAGGACGUGUUUGAGAAACCUGUUGUGUCUCCACGAACCCGAACCCUCCCCGCCAGAAGCUACACUAUUGACACUCCUUACAGUUCCUCGGAGCCCUCUCUGAAAGAGGAAGAGCCCCCCGCUGCUACCCCAGCUACAGGCAGGGCCGCCUCCCCUCCCACCUCUCUGGAAGUUGUGGACAGUCCUGCAGGCAGCGACUCUACGACCAUCAUCACUCCCAGCAGCCGCCGCUCAUUCAACAGAUCCCCGUCUCCACCGGCUGCACCUUCACAGAGGACUCCAGUCUCUGAACACACCGUCACAACCAAGAAAGAGGAGGCCACAAGUGUCGUUGCCUCUUCUACAUCCCUACAAAAGGUGCCCGAGCCGAGACGCUCAUUGUUGGGCACACAGAGCGAGGCGGAGGCCCCCUCCUCCGGCUCCCUGCUCAAACAACAACCACAACUCAGCUCAAUGGAACCCAAGCCUCCCGGGGUGUCUCGGGUUACCGCCUCCCUCCCCAGGACCUUCCAGAGAUCGGAUAGCGCACGUCUAACCUCAGUUGUCACGCCAAGGCCCUUCGGGACCCAGUCCUCCCGCAUCACGUCUCUUCCCAGAGCCUUUACUAUGGAUGACUCAAACAAGCGUAUCAACGGCGACGUCGACGUGUCUAAGAAGCCAUCAGUGCCGAGCCGCUAUCACCAGUUCAUGACCUCUGAGGAUGAAGCUCACUCCAGCUCAGCACACAGCAGCGAUGAAGAGGAGGAAGAGAGGGAGGAGGAGAGCAUGGCCUCUACUCAGAGCGUCUCACCUGUCCCUCCUCAGGUUAAGAGUGCAGUCAGUCCUGCUGCAGCCAAGGAAACCAACCAGGGGAACCACUGUGAGAUGCGGAUCAGCCUGAACCAGAAGCCCAACAGCAGCAGAGACUUCGGCUUCCAGGCAGCCUGGGACUCCACAGGAGCUCGUGUCACAUCCAUCCAGCCAGGCAGCUCGGCCGAGAUGUGCCGGCUUCAGGUCGGGGACGAGGUUGUGAUGGUGAACGGGCACCAGGUGGCAGAGAUGAGCUACACAGAGUGGAAGUCCCACAUGGAGGAGGCUCUGCAGGAGGGCAGCCUGGUCAUGGACAUCCGCCGUCACGGCCAGAACAACUGGGACAGAGAUCAACCUUCCCUGCCAUAUAAAAGCCAUAAGACCAUCAAUCUGACCAGUACGGAUCAUCCGAUACUUCUAGGUUCCCCUGAAACAAACACUGUCGGCUCCAGCCUGGAUUUCACCUCACGCACUUCCACGGAAACGCUGCUUUCCAAACAGGCCCCCGCUCAUCGUCCGGUUGUCGAGCUGACUUCAAACAGACUUAAUGGAGGCUUCCGAGAGGAGUCGGUGACCAUGAGGAACAAAGAGUCAGAACCCAUAUCUUUGAAAAACUUAAAACGGAGGUCAGAGUUUUUUGAAACAGGAGGAUCAGAGUCUGUGAUGCCAGAUAUACCUGUUCCUUCAAUCGCUCCGUCUUCCAGCCGCUGGUCCUGGGACCCAGAGGAGGAGCGUAAAAGACAAGAGAAAUGGCAAAAGGAACAAGAGCGCCUCCUACAGGAGAAAUAUAAGCGCGAUCAGGAGAAGCUGCAGGAAGAGUGGCUUAAAGCUCAGGAGGAGAUUGGUCCGAACGUGGUCCAACAACAGCUCGGCAGCCUGGAGGUGAACAGCCACAGCUUCGGCCCACACUCACCCCUAUCUCCCAUCAGCCAGCCCACAUCUCCUCCGUGGGAAGAGGAAGAGCGAAAGAGGAAGGUGGAGCAGGAGCGCCAGAGGCAGGCGGAGGAGAGGAGGAAGAGGGAGGAGGAGGAGCGGGAGCUGCAGCGCCUCCAGGAGGAGAGGAAGAGGAGGGAGAGGCAGGAGGAGGAGGAGAGGAGGAGGAGGGAGGAGGAUGAGCUGAGAUGGCAGAGGAGGAAGGAGGAGGAGAGGGAGGAGGAGAGGAGGCGGCAGGAGUUAGCAGAGCAGCAGCGCAGGGAGAAGGAAAGAGCCUUGGAGCAGCAGCAGCAGCAGCAGUGGGCUGAUGGCUCCCAUGGCUUUGCCAAUGGCCGGCCUCUGCUGUCCUUAUCAGACAGGGUAAAAUCCAAAUCAUCUCCCCAGCUUGAUGAAGAGGACAAACCUCAGAGGAAAGGUAUGUACAUGCAGCCGGGCGGCAUGGCUCACUAUCUGCUGGAGGAGCAGCUGAGGAUCGAUCGUGACAAAAAGGCCCAAAGUCUGAGGGCUGCAUCUGAGCUGGAGCUGGAGCGAAGAUACAUCCUCAAUGCCAUGAGAUACAGAGAGCCGGAGAGAGUGACAGGAAGCGGAGUCGGCGACAGGAAGGGUCAGCAGCCCACAUCACAGGCUGAGGUGGAGCGGCAGCAGAUCCUAAACGAGAUGAAGAAGAAAACUCCGCUGCUGACGGACAGCAGCUGGAUCCGCCAACGUUCCUCCAGCACCGCUGUCAGCAAAGAGAACGACAUACCACCCAUGCGGAGAGGCGAGUCUCUUGACAACUUGGACUCCACCUACAACUCCUGGCGCUCAUCGUGGGGACCCAGAAGCAGCUCUUUUGCCCAAAACUUGCCUCGGCCUCACUCUGCCCUCUCCGGCAGCACUUCUUCUUUCUACGGUGGCGGCUCGGGGCUCCAGAGGCCCGGCUCCGCCACACUGCCUUCUUCCUAUUCCAUGGGCUCCCUCCGAGGCGGGGCAGGAACCCCCUCAUCCCCUUGGUCCCGGCAGUCGCUUUCCCCCUCACUCUCAUCUCCGUCGCCCACCACCUCUCCAGAGCCGGCUCCCGAGCUCCCCCAGCAGCGGAGCAGGUCAGUGAGUGGGAGGAAAAUCUGUACGUUCUGUGACACCCCACUGGGAAAGGGAGCAGCCAUGAUCAUCGAGUCCCUUGGACUCUGUUAUCAUUUGGGCUGUUUUAAGUGCAUCGACUGUAAGUCAGACCUUGGAGGAUCGGAAGCUGGGGCUGAAGUCAGAAUACGAAACAAGCAGCUCUACUGUAACUCCUGCUACAUGCGAUUCAAAACUGGCCAGCCAACAUCUAUGUGACGUGGUCAUACUCCAGCAGAUUGAUGAAGAGACUACUUGUGACAACAACCCAUGAACUUUUAAAGUGAAUGUUGAAGCCAUUGCAAACAACUGGGACGCUCGGUUUGGACACACUUCCAUUUAUGACUCUAGAAAUUCCAGUUGACUCCAUGAUGAGGUUUGUUUUUACAGUGUGUGUGAUUGAGGGGGAAAGCUUGCAAGGAAGUUAUCUAUUCUUCUGUUUAUAUCGUCUUAAGUAUUACAGCUGUACAAAGUUUAAGGGUUCUGCAUGCAGAGUUUUAAAAUGUUUUAGCAAUGAAAAUAGUCAAGCAAUAAACUGUCUAAAGAGCAAAUCCUCUCUUCUGACCUUCGCUUCAACAGAUUUUCUAGAUAUCGAGAGAGAACCAUGCAGGAUCAUCUCAUUUUUCAUGCUUCUUUUCUCCACUCAGUCUUGUGGUAUUAACAUGUUUAUUGACCAAGUUAUUCUUAUCAUGUCUAUGUGCCUUUUCAUUUGUAACAGGGAGAAGUCAUUAAGAUUAUUAGAAUUCUCUUAUAACAUAUUUUAAAGAAAAGAAAGCACCCGCUUGGAUAGCACUUAUCGAGUUUUCAUUGAGGAUUAUACAUAUUUUGAUGUGAAGUAUAUGGCUGGAUGGCUUUGAUGCAAACAGUAACACUGUAAAUAAAAUAGCUAAAUGCA